UUGGACUUGGGAGAACUGGAGGAAAUAGAAGAGGACACUGGUCUGGGGAAUAGAGGCCUGGGGAGGCUGGCAGCCUGCUUCCUUGACUUGAUGGCCACAUUGAGUCUGGCAGCAUAUGGCUAUGGAAUCCACCACGAGUUUGGGGUUUUUAAACAGAAGAUUGACAGUGGCUGGCAAGUAGAGGAGGCAGAUGACUGGCUGCGCUAUGGCAACCCCUGGGAAAGGCCAGAAUACAUGUGUUCUGUGCACCUCUAUAGGAGAGUGAGGCAUUCCCACAAGGAGGUGAGGUGGAUGGACACUCAAGUUCCUACCCCAGUGUUUCUCAGGAAGCACAGAAUGAGUGCAUUCUUUGAGGGGAAGGAGCUCUGCUUGAAGUAGGAGUACAUUGUGGUGGUUGCCACCCUACAGGACAUUAUUCGCCACUUUAAGUCCUCCAAGUUUGGCUGCCAGGACCCAGUGAAAACCUGUUUUGAAAUAUUACCAGACAAGGUUGCCAUUCAACUAAACAAUACCCACCCAGCCCUCACCAUUUCUGAGUUUGUGAAGAUCCUGGUGGAUGUGGAGAAAGUAGAUUGAGACAAGGCCUGAGAAAUCACAAAGACCUGUGCAUACACCAACCACACUGUGCUGCCAGAGACCUUGGAAUGCUGGCCUAUGUCCAUAUUUGGGAAGCUGCUGCCAUGGCACCUGGAGAUCAUAUAUGCCAUCAACCAGAGGCACAUGGAUCAAGUGGCUGCCCUGUUCCCUGCGGAUGUGGACCGGCUUCAGAGGAUGUCUGUGAUUGAGAAAGGGGACUGCAAGUAGAUUAAGAUGGCCCACCUGUGUGUUAUUGGAUCCCAUGCUACCAAUGGGAUGGCUAGGAUCCACUCGCAGAUAAUGAAGCAGUCAGUCUUUAAGGAUUUUUAUGAGCUGGAGCCAGAAAAGUUCCAGAAUAAGAUGAACGGCAUCACGCCUCGAAUUUGGUUGCUCCUGUGUAAUCCAGGGCAAGCUGAUACCAUCAUGGAGAAAAUUGGGGGUUUUCUGACUGACCUGAGUCAAUUGAGGAAAUUGCUGCCCUUGGUCAGUGAUGAGACACUCAUGAGGGAUGUGGCCAAGGUGAAGCAGGAAAACAAGUUGAAGUUCUCUGCCUUCCUGGAGGAGUACAAGGUUAACCCUUCCUCCAUGUUCAACGUGCACAUGAAGAGGAUUCAUGAGUAUAAGUGGCAGCUGCUGAACUGUCUGCACAUCAUCACCCUGUACAACCGAAUAAAGAAUGACCUUGCCAAGGCCUUUGUGCACAGAACUGUCAUAAUUGGGAGUAAGGAAGCUCCUGGAUACCACAUGGCCAAGAUGAUCAUCAAGCUGGUCACAUCCAUUGGUGAUGUUGUCAACUAUAAUCCAGUUGUGGGCAAGAGGCUCAAAGUGAUCUUCCUAGAGAACUACCGAGUAUCCUUGACCAAAAAAGUGAUCCCCACUACUGACCUAUCACUGCAGAUCUCCACCGCAGGCACCGAAGCCUCAGGUACAGACAACAUGAAGUUAAUGCUCAACGGGUCCCUCACCAUCGGCACCAUGGACAGUGCCAAUGUGGGAUGGCUGAGGAAAAGGUGGGGGGGAUGGUGGGACCUCUUCAUCUUUGGCUUUUGAGUGGAAGACGUCCAGGCCCUGUACUAGAAAAAGUACAAUGCCCAAGAGUAAUAUGACGGUCUGCCUGAGCUAAGGCAGGCUGUGGAUCAGAUCACUAGUGGCUUUUUCUCUCCCAAGGAGCCAGACUGCUUCAAGGACAUCAUCAACAUGCUACUGAACCAGGACAGGUUCAAGGUGUUUGUGGAUUGUGAAACAUAUGUGGCAUGCCAGGCCCAAAUCAUCUCCUCUCUGCAGAACCGCAAGAAGUGAACCAAGGAGGUCAUCAGGAACAUUGCCUGCUCAGGCAAGUUCUCCAGUGACUGGACCAUCACGAAGUUCACCCAGGAUAUCUGGGGCAUGGAGCCCUCUGAUCUACAGAUCCCAUGCCCCAGCAUCCCCAGGGACUAG